AUGCCGCGAUAUGGUUUCUCAAAUCGCUGGGCCGUAUCGCCCUUCAGCUCCCAGGAGGGCGUGCCCGACGUGACCUCGGAUGACUACAGCUACAUCACGUCGGCGGACCUGGAAGACCAUGGCAUCGAUAUGCCCCGGCCCUACGCCCCUCACUCUCAUAUAGUCGAACCGCAUUCUCACUUCGCACCUCCGCAUUCCCAUUACGCCCCGCCUCACUCUCACAUCGACUCGCAUCCCCAUUCGGCCCCGCCCCCAACCUACGGCCGACAACGGCCCGAGGACGACGUGCUGCUGAUCAAGCACAAGGCCGUCAACUACCCUGAGCACUUUCCAGCCUAUUCCAUCGGCGACGGGAAGCUUUUAGUCAGCGACCUCCGCGAGCGUGUCAGGAUAGUCAUGGACCUGUCAGAUCGCCAGGCAAGACGGAUCAAACUCUACUACAAAGGUCGCCGCCUCAAGAAGGCCGACGCGCCGGUACGUGAGUACGGUGUCAAGAAUAACAGCGAGAUCCUCAUGGUCCCCGGAGAGUCGAGUCGUGGAAGUGGCAGUGAGACCAGCGAGGAAGUCGUGGGAUUGGGCCGAGACGAGCGGGAACGCUAUGAGACCCAGGCGAGCUCUCCGAGAGUCGGCAGGUCAGGCAGGUGGGAGGACCGCAGUCCGCGCGGCAGCGGGUCGCAGGUUGGUCUGGAUGUCCCGACGGACGACAACAGGAGACGAGCAGCAUCGAGAGUCCGGACUCAAUCCCCUGGAUCUGGCGUGUCUACCGCCAGUGCCCCUGCCGCCACUCCCGUCGGCAAGCCCGGAGGCCCCAUCGAAAAGCUAAACGGGAUCUCCGCAGACUUUAACAGCAAAUGGCUCCCCCUCUGCCUUGAGUACAUCGCCAAAACUCCUAGCGACCCGAAGAAGCGCGUUGAUGAGCACCGCAAGAUUUCGGAGAGCGUGAUGCAGCAGACCCUGUUAAAGCUUGACGCCGUCGAAACAUCCUCAGAACAAGGCGCGCGGGCUGUAAGGAAAGCGCUAGUGAUCGAGGUGCAGGGCGUCCUGAACAAGAUGGAUGCUGCGAAGAAUGCAGCAUAG